CAGUGGCUUCAUCCAGGUAGAUUUUCUGUUCAACCCUUCGACCACAGUGCUGUAGACUCAACCCUUCCGUUGUUACACUCCUGACAGCUGGGUAACAGGGUUUGAUCCCUGGCAGGAGGGCAGAAGCGCUUAGGCUGCAGUGAACAGACAUGGGUCGAAGGGUUAACAACUCCACAGUGGGUAGCAUGUGUGGGUUAUCUGCGGCACAUCAGCGUGCAUGGGGGCGCAGUCGCCCACCCUCCUGAAUCUGAACCAUCAAUGAGGCAUUUGCUCAGCAGCACCUUCUUACUUCAGUAAGCAGUGCUCUGAGAAAACGCUGCUUUAAAUUUUCCCCUUUAAAGUCUGACCUGCCCUGUUUGUGGACAUUCAGGUGUCCUGUGGUAAUGCAGGAGCUCAAGCUGGACUUAAACCCAAAGCACAUUAGUUCCGAACACCUCCAGCUUUCAGGGUGAGCCUCUGCAGUGACUGUGAGUGCAGCUGUAAGCCGCUCACAGUAAGGCCUCGCUGCCACUGACCGGCCCGGGGCCGUCUGGUGUGCUUUAGGUCAUGUGAAACCUGCAUGUUCCAAGUUGUUUUGUAAAUAUAUUUUUAUUUUACAAGUCUGUAAAAUAGCAAAAUGUUAUCAAGAAACGUUGUGUACACCAAUACCACAGGCCCAUACUAACUGUCCUUAAUUUCUCUCCUACAGCAGUACUGCUUUGCCAGUCCUGUACUGCACUCUGUUAAGGGUGCAGCAACUCAUCCUGUGUAGGUUAUGGGGACACUGUGCACUUGUCAGUUUGGUCAGGGUCCACUGGCUGCUUGUUUGGGGGUCUGUGAGGGGAAUCAGCGCAGCUACAGCAAACCUCAACCCCCAGCAGCCUCUUUGAUUUGGUUCUUCAGAGACCAACCAUUUAUUUAAAACCUUUGGCUGCAUGUCUUUGUUUGUGCUGAAAAAGAAGUCAAAGAUCUGAGAGUACAAACUAAGCAGUGCUGUAAGGAGUCUGUUUUUGAUGUUGGAAGAAACCUGCCUAUUUUGACUUCAUUUUCUGCUACAUUAAGUCAUUGGGAAGCUGCAAAGUGGAGCCUGGUUUUGUAGUUUGACCUGAAGAAGCUUCAUUGUUCUUUGAGUGCCGUGAAUCAUUCAACACAGGUGGUAUACUGUUGUGUGUGACUUCAAACCCUUUCCAAAGUGUUACUAAUGGUAAAGAGAAAUUUUCUAGGCUUCUUUUCUGCCGGUUGAAGUCUGACUGCAGAAGGACCCUUGGCACUGAAAGUGGGGCAAAACGCCAGACCCCAAGCUGCAGGUGAGGUCGUACGUAGACGUCAUGUUGGAGCAGAACUUGUCGAAAGAGGAGAGGGAGAUCCGUCAGCAGCUGGCAGAGAAGGCCAAGUCAGGGGACCUGAAAGUAGUCAACGGGUCUGCUGCCUCCCAGGCCGUGGCAAAACGAAAACGCCGCUGGGACCAGACGGCCGACCAAACCCCUUCCAAUUCUACACCCAAGAAGGUGUCCAGUUGGGACCAAGCUGAUGCCAGUGCUGAGACUCCAGGACACACUCCUGCUCACACGCCUUCAAACAGCCGCUGGGAUGAGACUCCUGGUCGUCCUAAAGGCAGCGAGACCCCUGGAGCCACCCCCAGCUCCCGUAUGUGGGACCCCACCCCCAGCCACACCCCUGCUGGUGCCGCCACCCCUGGCAGAGACACUCCUGGCCACGCCACACCAGGCCACGGAGGAGCCACUGGGAGUGUUCGGAAGAACCGCUGGGACGAAACUCCAAAGACAGAGAGGGAGACCCCGGGGCACGGGAGCGGCUGGGCUGAAACCCCCCGAACAGACAGAGGAGAAGAGUCUGUGGGGGAGACGCCAACGCCAGGAGCUAGCAAGAGAAAGUCUCGGUGGGAUCUAACUCCUGCCAGUCAGAUGGGAUCCUCCACCCCCCUCCUGACCCCAGGAAAGACCCCACUAGGAACUCCAGCCAUGAACAUGGCGACACCAACCCCAGGACACCUGAUGAGCAUGACCCCCGAGCAGCUGCAGGCGUGGAGGUGGGAGCGGGAAAUCGAUGAGAGGAACCGGCCGCUCACAGACGAGGAGCUGGACGCUAUGUUCCCUGAGGGAUACAAGGUUUUGCCUCCUCCAGCAGGAUACGUGCCGAUCCGCACUCCGGCCCGGAAACUUUCAGCUACCCCCACCCCCAUCGGAGGGAUGACGGGAUUUCACAUGCAGGUGGAGGACCGCACCACCAAGCAGAUGAACGACCAGCCCUCAGGGAACCUGCCAUUCCUCAAACCCGAUGACAUCCAGUACUUUGACAAACUCCUGGUGGAGGUGGACGAAUCCACACUGAGCCCUGAAGAGCAGAAGGAGAGGAAGAUCAUGAAGCUGCUGCUUAAGAUCAAAAACGGAACACCACCCAUGAGAAAGGCGGCUCUGCGUCAGAUCACAGAUAAAGCUCGUGAAUUUGGAGCAGGACCGCUCUUUAACCAGAUUUUGCCGCUGCUCAUGUCGCCCACACUGGAGGACCAGGAGCGCCACUUGCUGGUCAAAGUCAUCGAUCGCAUCUUAUACAAGCUGGAUGACCUGGUGCGACCGUACGUUCAUAAGAUCCUGGUGGUGAUCGAGCCCCUGCUCAUCGAUGAAGAUUAUUAUGCCAGAGUUGAAGGGCGAGAGAUCAUCUCCAACCUGGCCAAGGCUGCAGGUUUGGCCACUAUGAUCUCCACCAUGAGGCCUGACAUCGACAACAUGGACGAAUACGUGAGAAACACGACAGCCCGAGCCUUCGCCGUGGUGGCCUCGGCUUUGGGAAUCCCCUCGCUCCUGCCCUUCCUCAAAGCUGUCUGCAAAAGCAAGAAGUCCUGGCAGGCCCGGCACACCGGCAUCAAGAUCGUGCAGCAGAUCGCCAUCCUCAUGGGCUGCGCCAUCCUGCCUCACCUGCGCAGCCUGGUGGAGAUAAUUGAGCACGGUCUGGUGGAUGAGCAGCAGAAGGUGAGGACCAUCAGUGCCCUGGCUAUUGCUGCCCUCGCUGAAGCCGCUACCCCCUACGGUAUCGAGUCCUUCGACUCGGUGCUGAAGCCACUGUGGAAGGGCAUCAGGCAGCACAGAGGAAAGGGUCUGGCUGCGUUCCUCAAAGCCAUUGGUUAUCUGAUCCCGCUGAUGGAUGCUGAGUAUGCCAACUACUACACCAGAGAGGUGAUGCUCAUCCUCAUCAGGGAGUUCCAGUCCCCUGACGAGGAGAUGAAGAAGAUUGUACUGAAGGUGGUGAAACAGUGCUGCGGCACAGAUGGCGUGGAAGCAAAUUACAUCAAGACAGAGAUUUUGCCACCGUUCUUCAAGCAUUUCUGGCAGCACAGGAUGGCCCUGGACAGACGCAACUAUAGACAGCUGGUGGACACCACUGUAGAGCUGGCUAACAAAGUGGGGGCAGCAGAGAUCAUCUCGCGCAUCGUGGACGACCUGAAAGACGAGGCGGAGCAGUACAGGAAGAUGGUGAUGGAGACCAUCGAGAAGAUCAUGGGUAAUCUGGGUGCAGCUGACAUCGACCACAAGCUGGAGGAGCAGCUGAUCGAUGGCAUCCUGUACGCCUUCCAGGAGCAAACCACAGAGGACUCAGUGAUGCUGAAUGGUUUUGGCACCGUGGUGAACGCGCUGGGCAAACGUGUGAAGCCGUACCUGCCUCAGAUCUGUGGUACAGUGCUGUGGCGUCUCAACAACAAGUCUGCCAAAGUGCGGCAGCAGGCGGCGGACCUGAUCUCACGCACAGCUGUGGUCAUGAAGACCUGUCAGGAGGAGAAGCUGAUGGGCCAUCUGGGGGUGGUGUUAUACGAGUACCUGGGAGAGGAGUACCCUGAGGUUCUGGGCAGCAUCCUGGGGGCACUCAAGGCCAUCGUUAACGUCAUUGGAAUGCACAAGAUGACCCCUCCCAUUAAAGACCUUCUUCCUCGCUUGACCCCUAUCCUGAAGAACCGGCAUGAGAAGGUCCAGGAGAACUGCAUUGACCUGGUGGGCCGGAUCGCUGACAGGGGGGCAGAGUACGUGUCGGCCAGGGAGUGGAUGAGGAUCUGCUUUGAGCUGCUGGAGCUCCUCAAGGCUCACAAAAAGGCCAUCCGCAGAGCCACUGUCAACACCUUUGGCUACAUCGCCAAAGCCAUCGGCCCUCACGACGUUUUAGCCACACUGCUCAACAACCUGAAAGUGCAGGAGCGCCAGAACCGGGUCUGCACCACCGUGGCCAUUGCCAUUGUGGCAGAGACGUGCUCGCCCUUCACCGUGCUGCCGGCGCUCAUGAACGAGUACAGAGUCCCUGAGCUGAACGUGCAGAAUGGCGUCCUCAAGUCUCUCUCCUUCCUGUUUGAGUACAUCGGAGAGAUGGGCAAAGACUACAUCUACGCUGUCACGCCGCUGCUGGAGGACGCGCUGAUGGACAGGGACCUGGUCCACAGACAGACGGCCAGCGCUGUGGUCCAACACAUGUCUCUGGGUGUGUACGGUUUCGGCUGCGAGGACUCCCUCAACCACCUGCUGAACUAUGUGUGGCCCAACGUCUUCGAGACCUCACCUCACGUAAUCCAGGCAGUGAUGGGGGCCCUAGAGGGGCUCCGGGUGGCCCUCGGCCCGUGCCGCAUGCUGCAGUACUGCUUACAGGGUCUGUUCCAUCCAGCCAGAAAGGUUCGAGACGUCUACUGGAAGAUCUACAACUCCAUCUACAUCGGCUCCCAGGACGCCCUUAUUGCACAGUAUCCGCAGGUUUACAACGACGACAAGAACGUGUACGUGCGCUAUGAGUUGGAGUACGUCCUGUAA